UAAACUUAGUAUCUAAAAGAAGGCUAUUUGCAUUUCUUCGUUUUUUUUUUGACUGAUAUUUAAGAAUUAUAGGUAUCCAUGUAAUGUACUUUAAAACUUGUAAUUUACUCUAUUAGUUUCAUCGCCAGUAAUUUGUCAUUUAGGUCACAUAAAGAUGAAAAGAGCUCAUGGAAGUGAUCAUUAUUUUUCAUAUUUUUCUUCUCUUAUAUUUUAUCAUAUAGGAUCAAUGCAUUCAAUAGCUAAUGCGUAACUGCAUGAAUAAUUUAAAGGAACAACGAAGAUCUCAUCGUUCGUACUAUUUAUCUACAGUAUGGAUGUAUUUCCUUGAACGCAAGUUCUGCGCUCAAUGAAAAUAACACAAUUUAAAUUACUUUUGUAUGGGUGUGUGUGUGUAUUUUCUAACAACGGAUAUAAAUAAACAUAAAUUUAUCCGUAUCAGUAUAUAUUUUGUACGAGUGUAUUAACACAUCAAAGAUAUAAAAGCAAUAAAAGAAUCAAAAAGGGAAAAAAUAUUUACUGAUUGAGCCAUAAUAAAUCUAUUCCCGUAAAGAUAAAAUCAGUUUCUCCGUACUAAUAUGCACACGAACAUCGCGUGACUUCCGACCUGCACGAUAAUCAUAACAGCCGACAUGAUAAUAAACCAUUCAAUAGGUUAAACAUCUAGUCUCGAGUAAUCUGCCUUAGCUGUCGAAUAGAAAAUUUUUCAAGUUCUUUAAUAUUUGUUGAUUAGUUCAAAUUGAAAAGUAGUACAGAAAUUAAUCAAUCUAUAGAUGCAAAAAAUGACAUUGAUUGUGCCAUUGGAAGUACUGUCUAUUCUUUUUCUCUUUCUUCCAAAGAUUACAAGUUUAUCCGAAUUUCACACUGUCGAUGUCGAACAAACUCCUUUUAUUAUAGAUAUUUGCAAAUUCUAUGGACCGAAAUCUAUAAUAUUUUUAUACACCAAAUCGAUAAAAGAAAUGGAAAUGACAACGACCAUUUUUAAAUGGAGACGGGCACUUUCUCGUGAAGGAGUUGCAAGCACGAAUUUGUACUUCUCACAACUGCAAGAAUCAUCUUACUACUUAAAACAAUCUAUACGACCGUAUUACAUAGCACUCAUCUCUAAUCCCACCGCGAUCAAUGAGUUCUCUUUAGCAACAAGUACCUUUGACAUGUCUUCAGCUGUAUGGCUAGCGAUAUUCAUUUACAAGGAAAAUGAUACCGAUUAUUGUCACAAUCCAUCAGGUAAUAUAUUUCAUUUAAAAUUUAACACCGAAAUGAUGGUCCGUUGUGGUACGGAAAAUAUUGUACGAGAAUGGUACUCGAUCGAUACUAAUCAAAUCGAGAUCAAUGAUGUAGGAACUUGGAGCUUAGAGGGAGGAAUCACUAAAAUAGUUCCAGAUUUUCUUUACAAAAGAAGAUGUAAUUUACGGGGUUUAAUCAUGAGAGCUGUUGUAGUUAAGGGUUCACAAUUCGCAAUUAAAAAAAAGAAUGGCGAAAUAGACGGUAUAUUCGGUAGAAUAUUAACAGCACUUUGUGAGACUCUGAAUUUUAGAUUCAAAAUUGUCUCUGAAGUAGAAGAAUAUGGAGAAUGGAAUCCGGAAGAAAAAACUUGGUCCGGAGGAAUUGCAGAAUUAUAUAAUGGACGUGCUGACAUUUUUAUUUCAGAUUUUAUUAUAUCCAAAAAGACAUUGAAUGACGUGGACUUCACGCUUCCUCUUUUGAAUUUCAGACAUAUUCUCGUUAUUCGAGAACCUGAAAAUUUAGUGAUUCAAUGGUCAUCUCACUUUUCAACAUUUACGUGUUCUGUCUGGUUUUCUGUGUUUGGAAUAUUAAUUUUUUCAUCCAUUUUCCUUGUCUUACUCAAAAUAAAAUAUGGAACCGGUCACAAAAUAGGAUAUUUACUGAUCGAUAAUUUAUUGGAGAUUUGGGGUAUAUUUUGUCAACAGGGACUUGUUGGUAUCUCUCAUAAAUUUUCCUUACGAAUAGCGUACUUUUCUAUAUUUCUCUUGGUUUUUGUCUUUUGGGCUGCCUAUUCAGCUGCUUUGAUAAGUUUUUUAACGUCCGAAAAUCACGUCUUACCAUUUCAUUCAUUAGAGACCUUCGUUGAAGACGGUACUUAUCACCUUAUCCCUACUCAUGGUACAGCUUUUUUUGAUAAGUUUGCAAAUUCGAAAGAUCCGGUUGCUGAGAAGGUAUUGAAGUUGACGCUAACAAAUGAAAAAUUACCCAUUACCGAACUUGAAGGAUUUAAAAGAAUUUGUAAAAAUCGGAAACUAGCAAUUUACACAAAUGAUCAAGCGGACAGAAAAAGUAAUAUGAAACUACCAUGCAAUGUAGUUCGUAUUGAAACAGGACAUAAAAACAGUUUUGCUAUGGUUUUAUCUAAAUACAAUCCAUUUACGGACAUCAUCAAUUUUCAGUUGCAGAAAUUUAUCAACAAUGGUAUGAUGAAUCGGUUAAAGGAUACGUCAUUUAAAAUGAAAUCCAAUCAUAUGAUUAAGCAUCAACCAGUUCCCCUAAUCAGCGUUUUAUCUCUCAUUCUCUUCUUCUCAAUCGGUAUUGUUUUGAGUACUUGCAUUCUGAUCAUAGAAAAGUGUAUUUUCUUUCGUAAAUGAAAGAAUAUUUCUCUGGAAAUUUCUAUCCUGUUCAUUAAAUUCUUGGUAUUUUAUGUAAAAAGGAAGAAAAAUAUUAGAAAUUUUGCAAAAGAUUACGCAGAUAAAAAAUGUGCACAUGUAAGGUUCACAUCUAUAAAUAGCUAUAAAAUUCGCUCUAAGGAAUUUUAAUAUCCUAGUUAUAAGUUCAUACACUAAUAGGAACACGUUUAUGCAUUUAACCUUUGACCUAACGUAGUACAAUUUAAAAUUAAAACAGAACUUUUUUAUUAUAUUAUAUGUGUAGACGUAUACAACACAUAUUUCAUAUUUAUUGAUUGUACUUGCACAUAUUUGAAUUGUUUCGAACUGCUUCGAUUUUUCGUACUUGCGCAGAAUAUGAUAUGGCUAGAUAUUUCAUUAUCGUAAAACACAUUUCGUUUUUCAUGUAUUGUGUAUGAACCAUGCUUAAGUGGUGUAUUUAAUUGAAUUAAAUUUCCACUAAAUUUUUAAUAAACAUAAUUUACUAUCUAGUUGAAGGCAAUUGUGACAAAUUUCCCAAGAUGACAAUCACAUUGAAUGAAUCCGUUAUAUAAACAAACGCAUACACAGAUUUACCUUGAUACAUAUUAUAUAUUAUAUAUUAGUAUAUAUUUAUAUAUAUUAUGUAAAAAAAAUAUGACAAUAUAUACUAAUAAUAUAUAAACAUAUUCUUAAUCACUAUAAAAUUCUUUUACGAUGAGAUCGUGAUCGAGCUUGAGGAAUAACUAGAAUAUAAUAUUUAUAUAAAUAUUCAUACGAAUAUAACUGGGAAUGCAGUACCACUUUCGAAAAUACGACGAUGCAAAUGCUGCAAUCAAAAGUUUUGUUUACUUGUUACUUUAGUAUGUAUAUUCAACAACUUUUCAAUAAAAUUGCUGCAUCUGUUUAAUGACUUAUAGUCAUAUAA